AUGCGUUCCCGCCCCCAUCAUCCUGUUACAGUUAGUAUUCGCCCAAGACCAAGUAUGGCUAACAUUCAAGCAAGCAGUUCCCCACAGAUCAGUUCUGAACAAGCCCCAAAUGCUUCAAGAUCACCUAGUGAAAGGCCCAGAGAAAGCGCCAGAGUAAUACCGCUCCAGGAAAUGGAUAGUAUUGUAGAUGCUGAUAUGGCUAUGUUGGACAAUAACCGUCUACAUUUUUAUAGGCGAAUCAAUUCUGCCAAUAACAAUAGAAGAUCAGCUGUGCCUAGGAGAGAGGAAAUUGAAACUCAUGAGGAGAGUGAGCCAGCAAGCAAUGCUCAGAUAAGGGAGAUGGACAGCAUUGUCAGUGCAAUGGAAGCAGAUGUAACAACUGGCUGUGACUUUUUUACUAGAUCAAGUGAGAGUAGUGAAGUUCCACCUGCCACUGAGCAAAUAUCCAAUAAAAAUGGUGAAAACAAAGAUGACAUAACACCAAGUAGUUCACAUGAUGACAGUCAACCAGAGCUGGAAUCCCAAAAUGCGAAUGCGGUUUCUGAAAGGGAAGACGCCGAAAGGGCUGAAAGAGAGAGAAGGAAAAUACUUAUUAAGUUGAAGUUCCUCAAUGAAACCUUGAAAGAGGUUGAGGGCAACCUUGAUGAAUUAUUGAAGGAUUUUAAAUGGCGCCACUUCGCCGCGGAACUGGCGUCCGAGAGCCGCGUGCGGCUCAUCUUCAACGGGCACGUGCUGGUGGACGAGGGCGCCACGCUGCGGGCGUGCGGGCUCCACGACCGGGCCGUCGUGCACUGCCUCGUGCACCCCAAGAGGAGCGGCAACCAGCAACACGCUGUCACUGACGAUGCGGAUGUAGCGGCCACUCACGAACUGAUUACAGAGAGGGUAGUGCAGCCUGAGAGAGCAUGGGACCUCGAGAAUAUUCUGAUGACCCUCGUCUCUGUAGCACUGACUGUUGUUUGGUUCUUCAGGUGCGAAUAUUCAAACAUGUUCACGGCGAGCGCGAGCGUCGCUCUGUUCGGUCUGACGGUAUUCUACAGUGUUGCCAUCUUCGGCCUCUACCUGUCCGACACAUUCCACUUCGACCGCAGGCCCGCCCCGCAGCCGGCGGCUAACAAC